AUGUCUUCCUCUACCACUACGGCGACCCAGACUGCCCCAUCGAGCGGGACGCUCCGUCUCAGACCCGAUCAGCAAUGGCAAGAAGACCUCCGGCGAGAUGGUUGGGCAGUCGUCAAGGGGGUCAUUCCGCGCGAGAGGGCGCUCGCCAACAUUGACAAGUGUUACGAAUACAUUGAAUCGUUCGGACUCGGUUUCGAUCGGAACGACCGCUCGACGUGGAAGCCGGAGAACAUGCCGCACUUUUACAAAGGGGGGUUGUUCGUCAACUACGGUAGUGGACAUGAGCAGUUCAUCUGGGACAUCAAGCAAGAUCCGGCUGUUGUGGGUCCCUUCCAGGCGUUGUGGGGUACAGACGAGCUCCUGGCUUCAUUCGACGGCUUCAACCUGUCCCUCCCCUUCCCAGACCGCCCACAAGAAGACUUCACCCCAUGGCCGCACGUGGACCAGAGCCCGCUCGUCAAGGGCCUCCACUGCGUGCAGGGUAUCAUGAACAUCAGCGAGAACGGGCCUGAUGAUGGUGGAUUGAUGGUUCUGAAAGGGUCUUCCGCGCUCUACACCCAGCUAUUCGAAGCGUUCGAGGACAAGAAGCCGGCAGAGGGGUGGAACAAGCAUGAUCGGCACGAUCACACUCCCGAGCAGAUCCAGUGGCUGAUGGAUCACGGAUGCGAGUACCACAAGGUCACCGCGGAGCCGGGAGAUCUGCUAUUAUGGGACAGCCGGACUGUACACUACGGUGCUGCUCCUUCUUCUGAUAACCCUCGCUUUGCAAGCUACGUGUGCUACAAGCCCGCCAUGUACGCCACGCCCGAAGUUCUCGCCAAGCGGAAAGAAGCGUGGGAUACCAAGACCGAGACGACACACGACCCUAUCACUUUCAACAUGAAUGCUCGCCGCCCGCCAGAUGGACAUCCUACAGUGGAUCACCCCAAGGUGACGCAGCUGCAAGAGCCGCAGUUGACCGAGUUGGGCAAGAAGCUCGCGGGGGUUGUAGCUUGGUAG